UAAUAUAACGGACGGGUCCUCAUGGGUUUUCGGAUAGCUACUUGCUUUCCGAAGUGAAAUUAGAUACAGUGACUAAGGAGAGUGGAACUUCGCGGGGCUUGACAAAGGGUCAAUUCCAGCAAACAAGUAAAGAGCUAGGCUCUCUCAUCGGUAAAGUUCUGGUUGUAGUCCACAAUGAGCUCUGUCUCACGUCACUGAGGUCAGGGAGACCAAAGAUGGCGACCACCUACUGCAGCUUCAACCUGCAGACAACCCCUGAGAAGUUUUACAUAGAGGCCUGUGAUGAGGGUGCCAGCGAUGUUUUGGUUAUCGAUAGGGUCUCCAAUGACAUGACACUCACAGGUGCUGUACAACAAACUGGGCAGGGCUUGAGGAAGGAUGUUCCUCCAUCAGCUCUCUCCCAACCUAUCUGUGGGAUCUUGGGGACCAUACGCCUUAUGGCAGGUAUGUACCUCAUCAUCGUCACCAAGAAGAGCAAGGUGGGAGAUCUCUUGGGUCAUACUGUGUGGAAGGCCACUGACUUUCAAGUGAUCUCAUACAAGAAGACCAUCUUGCACUUAACAGAAAGCCAGAUGCAGAACAACAAGACCUUCCUGUCCAUGCUCCAUGGUGUGCUGACCACAGAUGGCUUCUACUUCUCCACAGACUAUGAUCUGACUCAUUCACUGCAGCGCCUGGCCUACACCAGCCCAGAGUUUCAGGGGAUGAGCCUGUUAGAGAGGGCAGAUCAGAGAUUCGUUUGGAACCGACAUCUCCUGAGAGAAUUCAUUGCACAACCAGAGCUCCAUAGGUUUGUAUAUCCCAUACUCCAUGGAUUUAUGACUAUGACCACCUGCUGUAUUAAUGGAAAGAUCUUUGAGUGGACUCUCAUCUCCAGGAGGAGCUGCUAUCGGGCAGGGGUGCGCUACUGUGUGAGAGGCAUUGACUCUGAAGGCUAUGCUGCCAACUUUGUUGAAACAGAACAGAUCAUUCAAUACAGUGGCUUCAAGGCUUCAUUUGUACAGACUCGAGGCUCCAUUCCAUUCUACUGGUCUCAGAGGCCAAACCUCAUGUAUAAGCCGACACCGCAAAUCAGCAGAACCAUCAAUCAUCUGGAUGGGUUCCAAAGGCAUUUUGACUCCCAAAUAGCCCUGUAUGGGAAACAAGUUAUUUUAAACCUGGUGAACCAGAAAGGCUGUGAAAAACCAUUGGAACAGGCAUUCUCCGAAAUGGUGUCUAACCUUGCUAAUGGUAUGGUCAGGUACAUUGCCUUUGACUUCCACAAGGAGUGCAGCCGAAUGAGGUGGGACCGGCUGCAGAUUUUGGUGGACGCUGUUUCUGCAAUGCAGGAUGAAUUUGGCUACUUCAUGGUGGACCCUGAGGGUAAGGUGCUGAUGCAGCAGGACGGAACAUUCCGUAGCAACUGCAUGGACUGCCUGGACCGGACCAACGUUAUCCAGAGCCUGCUGGCCCGUCGGUCCCUGCAGUUCCAGCUGCAGAGCCUGGGAGUUCUCCAUGCAGGGCAGAGGAUUGAAGAGCAGACAGAUUUUGAGAAGAUGUAUAAGAAUGCCUGGGCAGAUAAUGCCAAUGCAUGUGCCAAACAGUACGCUGGCACUGGGGCCUUGAAAACAGACUUCACAAGGACAGGGAAGAGGACCCAGUGGGGUCUGGUGAUGGAUGGCUGGAACUCCUUGAUCAGAUACAUCAAAAAUAAUUUCUCUGAUGGGUUCAGACAGGAUUCCAUUGACCUCUUCCUGGGAAAUUAUGCCGUGGAUGAGAUGGACUUGGCCACUCCGCUUGAUGAGGCAAGAGACUGGAAGUUCCUCACACUCCCCAUCAUCAUGCUGGUUGCCUUCUCUAUGUGUGUUGUUUGCUUCCUCAUGGCAGGUGACACAUGGACGGAGACCUUAGCCUAUGUGCUUUUUUGGGGAACAGCGAGUGUAGGAACAGCUGCUGUUAUCCUCUUCAAUGGGCAGGAAUUUGUGGAUGCACCCAAGCUGGUGCAGAAGGAGCAGAUGGACUGAAUGUGUGUGUGUGGACAGCAGCUCAGUAAUACCGACUCCCAUUCCCAUCAGCACACAUGGAGUCUGUACUGACCUGUUACUGUACUCCUCAGUGGGAAGGGUGGAGUUUUCUAUUCCAGAGUUCAUCUUUCGUGUCCAGCAAGCAUCUGGAGUCUGUGCUGGCCUGCUGCUGUCCACACUGUUGUCGGAAAGUGGGGGGUCGGGUGUGUUGUCCCCAACCCCCAUAGUUCUGUUUUUAAUCUAACACUGUUUGCUGUUCUCUUUAUUCCCUCUCCCUCAAACACUGGAGACCUCAGCAGAGUGCCAUUGGUGUCUGGAAAGGGUUUAUCUGUUAAGUGCCUUUUACUGCCAAAUUGCACCUGUGCUUUUGGCAGGUUGUGAUGGAGAGGGUGGGGCAGGUGGUGUUAAAAGCUCCUAUGUCUUCCUCCAAUAUCUUAAUGUCUUACCAAGCGAGGGGGGAGGCUGUUCUAU